AACACUAUAAAAUAUAGUUUGCAACUCAUUACACAUGGGAGAGUGAUUACUAGCUCGCGUCCUCAGCGCCCGUGUUACUUGCAAGGUUAAAACUCCGGUCUAAUAUUACAUAACCCAAUAGACAGUCAGUCAUAACUCCAAAGCGGUAUAAUUAAGACCACUCACAUGUAAAUAAAAAUUCAGUGAAUUUAAUACAAAAAAUAAUAAUAACCUAAACGGUAAUAUGAGUAAAGUAACAGAAAUUAGAGUUUCACAAUGGUACUUCGGGGGUUUGGCCUCAGCUGGAGCAGCAUGCGUGACACAUCCAUUAGAUCUAUUAAAAGUUCAAAUGCAAACACAAAAAGGAAAAAACAUCUCAAUGUUGAAGCUUACUGGAAUCGUUUUAAAGAAUCAAGGAGUAAUGGGCCUGUAUAAUGGUAUAUCAGCUUCACUUCUGAGGCAACUCACUUAUUCAACUGCUAGAUUUGGUAUUUAUGAGAUGGCUAAACAGCAUCUAGCUCCAAAGAAUGGUCAACCAAUAUCAUUUUUCAUGUCAGCAUUCCUGGCAGGUCUUGGUGGGUUCGCUGGAGGCUUUGUUGGAAACCCAGCAGAUUUAGUCAAUGUGCGGAUGCAGAAUGAUGUCAAACUCCCACCAGAACAGAGGAGAAACUACAAGAAUGCAAUCCAUGGUCUAUGGAAGGUAGCCACAGAGGAGGGAGUGCUCCGUCUAUGGGCAGGUGCCUCUAUGACGUGCAGCCGUGCAGUUCUCAUGACCAUCGGUCAGCUAUCCUUCUAUGACAAGAUCAAGGAACUUCUGCUAGCAACAAAGUACCUAGAAGAUAAUGUGUUUACACAUGUUAUGUCGAGUUUGUUAGCUGGUGGUAUUGCAACCACUUUGACGCAGCCAGUAGAUGUAUUAAAAACAAGAGCAAUGAAUGCUAAACCUGGAGAAGUGAAGAGUAUAUUAACUCUAGUUAUGGGUACAGCUAAAGAAGGACCGUUAGCUUUCUUCAAAGGAUACAUUCCAGCCUUCGCUAGACUUGCACCUCAUACGGUACUCACUUUCGUGUUCCUAGAGCAACUUAGAAUUAAUUUUGGUACAAUCAAAGUGCAAACUUUCUGAAAUAUAAUAGACCAUUAAUAAUUUGAUAUACCUGUUUGUUGAAAUAGAUGUAGGUUUGGACUGUUUUUUUUUUAUACAUUUUUUUAAACUAUAAAAUGUUAAUCUCAAGUAGUGUAGUUCACUUAUAUACAUAUUAAAGUGUUCAAAAUAUUAAUAACAAUUUAGACAUGUUUAAUCGUUUUUAAGUAAUAUAAAAUUUACAAGAUUUUUUCAUAGGAGUAGAUCAAUAUGUCCAAAUAUUUCAAAGGGUACUAAGUUUUUAAUGUUGUGGAAUGUUUGUAGUAGUUUAUGGUUAAUCAUAGUCUGAAAACUUUAUAUAAAGUAGAUGCUUUGCGAUUUUUUUUUAUUCCAUUAAGCUUUGCAUUUUUUGUAGAACAUAUGUGAUUCAAUUUUUUUGUAUUAGAGUGAUCACAUGUUUUUUAAAUUUGUGAGAUUUUAAAAUAGGUUGCUUUGUUUGAUAUACUGGCCUAAAAUCUGUGUUAAUUAUAAUUUUAUUCUCAAAGAGAAUUAAUUAAUAAGAAUCAUAACUAAAAGUUACCCAUAACAUAUUAUUUAAGUUAUUUUUUUUUGUAUGUAUGUACGUGUUUUUUUUUAUUUAUUUUUUUACAAUUGAUAAUCGAAAGAUCGACUAAAAACAUUCAAAGGAUUAAAAAAUAUUUAAUGGUUAGCGUUUUAUACUUUUUUUGGUUAUUUUGUUUAAACAUAGUUGCAAAAGGAUUUAAAUUCUUACUUUUUUGGAUGUAGCAAUUUUAUUGUGAUAGAAAGCCCAUAAAAGAUUAAUUUAUAUUAUCUGCAUGUUGAAGUGAUUCGUUUUUAAUUGGUUUAAUUUUUUUGUUAUUUUUCAUUGAAAGUAAUGUUUUUUAGUCGUAGUAAAAAUUGAGAUGUUAUUUCUUUGUUAUAUUCUUUUAUUCUUAUUUCUUUGCCGAUAUACUAGCCAAAUGAUUUAAUUUAUCAUUUGAAUCGACCAUUAUUUGAUUUCAAAGUGCCAAAAUUUAAUUAAAUGUGUUAAAAAACCAUCUAAAUAAUGGUAUGAUUCCUUUUAUAGGUCUGUGGAAAAAUGUAUCUUUUUUAUAUAUUCUUUUUUAUUUUAAAUUUAUUUUACAUUCCGACAUUAAUAUGGACAAUAUCUAAAUGUUUCUAAUUAUUUUUUUAUAAUGAUGUUAGUGCAUUUGAAUGUAUUU